AAAUCUCACCCAACAUUUGGAGUUCGCUUUUUCGGUCCUUUGGCUUCUAGGCUUAAUAUUAGCAACAUGGUGGCUUCACUGAGCUUUUUUGAAAAAAAGCUUUUCUCCUCUAUCCACACAGUCUUAUUUGGGUCCCUUAGUCAGUCCGUAAGCAUGUUUGGAACAGUCCCCAGUGCUCUGCCAGGGCUCAUAUUGCAGAACCGUCACGUAUGGGCGUUUGUAGUUAUAAAUACUUGACCCGUCUCCAGGGGUGGGGCUUCCAACCCUUUAAACAGCCCCGUUGCCCGUUAUCAGGCUGUUGGCUCUCAGUGCCAGGAUUGGUGGUGGGAGGCCCUCUGUAACUGGGACACGAGUGAAAUGGAACAUAAUGGGUCUGCUUCAAAUGCUGAGAAGAUCCACCAGAACCGCCUGUCGGCCGAAGAUGAAGACCAGGACGCGGCCCUCACCAUCGUGACGGUGCUGGACAGAGUGGCCACCAUCGUGGACAAAGUGCAGGCAAGCCAGAAGAGGAUCGAGGAGAGGCACCGGGUGGUGGAAAACUCCAUUAAGUCCGUGCAGAUCGACCUGCUGAAGCUGUCGCAGGCACACAGCAACACGGGCUAUGUCAUCAACAAGCUCUUUGAGAAAACCCGCAAGGUCAGUGCCCACAUUAAGGACGUGAAGGCCCGAGUGGAGAAGCAGCAAGUUCACGUGACGAAAGUGGAAACGAAGCAAGAGGAGAUAAUGAAGAAGAACAAAUUCCGGGUGGUGAUAUUCCAGGAGGAUAUUCGGUGUCCAACAUCCCUGUCUAUUGUUAAAGACAAAAGCAUAACUGAGAAUCAAGAGGAGGACGAUGAAGAUGUCUUUGAUCCCCCAAUAGAGCUGUCUUCGGAUGAAGAAUAUUACAUUGAAGAAAGCAGAUCCACAAGGUUUAGAAAGUCAGGCAAGGAGCGCAUAGAUAAUAUCAAAAAGGCAUUUUCCAAAGAAAACAUGCAGAAGACGCGGCAGAAUUUUGACAAGAAAGUCAACAGAAUGCGAACUAGAAUAGUGACCCCAGAGAGGAGAGAGAGGCUCAGGCAGUCAGGGGAGAGGUUGAGGCAGUCAGGAGAGAGGCUGAAACAGUCAGGGGAAAGGUUUAAGCAAUCUAUUUCUAAUGCAGCUCCCUCGAAGGACACGUUUAAGAUGCGUGGCCUUCGGAAAGCUAGAGGAGGAAUGGGAACAGUGGCCGAAGGGCCAGGAGAGACCAGGGAGAUGGGCGUGGACAUCAUUGCCGGGAGCCAGUCUCUGAGCCCCAUCAGUGAGCUCUACGGCAAUGAGCUCAGCGAAACAGACCACGAGGAGGCCAGGGUGGUGCAUCCUUCCAGCGAAGAGGGGGAAAUCACAACUCCUGAGCCUUUAAGAGUUACUUUUAAGCCCCAGGUGAGAGUAGAGGAUGACGAAUCUCUUUUGGUAGAUUUAAAGCAGUCUUCAUAGAGAGGAAUUAAGUAUAUGUUCAGUAAAUCACCUUAAUCAUGCAGUUCUAAUUUAAGUAAGUAGUAUAGUCACGUAACCUUGAUAGGCCAUUUAAGAAACAAUAAAUGGUAUGAUUUUUAUUUCUUAUGUUUAAACUCUUAAAGGUAAUACAAAUAUCAUAUACACUUCCUAGUAACUUCCUUGGGGCUUUGUUCUUUCUCCCCCGGGCUUGUAAGAUUCUAGCAGCAUCCUCUCAUGUCAUUCUCAUGGCAGCUGUGCAUUCUUAAGUUCCUUUCUCAUGCACACCAGAAAAGUAGGAUUCUAGAGAGGGCCAGUUAGGUGUUUAGUAGUUUAAGACAAGUGAAGGGCAGAUUUGUGGCCAUGAUUUGCAAGUGAACUCUCGAUUUUGGUCUAGAUUUAAGGGGGUGUGGCCACCCUCCAUGGAGAUUAUGGCAUCCACAUGUUCAAAUCCAUAGAUUGGCUAGUAAAUUAGUAAUUGCACGUCUUUUUGGUGCUUUUGCAUGAAGAAUGGAGGUUCUUGAUUGAGCAUUUGGUUCUGGGUCACAGCUGUUCAUACAGGGAGCGCUUGGUAUGUGGCCUGCUCGUAAGCUCAUCAGCAAAUUGGAGGGGGUAGACCUGUCCUGCCCAUCUCAGAGCACCGUUGUGAAGAUCCAAGGAAACGCUGUGCAUUCUGGGGUCACAAGACACACAUCCAGAGGAAACGAGCCCUACUGAUUUCUCAAACACAGAAUCGGACUAAUCACACCUGAAAAAGUCCUGCCAGCCACGUGGUGGGGACGUAGGUUGGACAGACACUAAAGUGGGUGUUCAAGUCUUUUCACAGAAUCAGUGCUUAUGUGACAUCUCUCUUUUUUUUUAAUCAAAGACUAAAAUGAAACCUUGGGCUUGGGUUGGAUCUUAAGAGUUUUUUUUUUUUUUUAAGUCUUUUUCUAAUUUUCUUUUUAUUUUGAUCUGUGGUGGACUAUAGCAACAUUUGUUUGAGGAGCGUGCAGCAUAAGACUGUGGCUGUGUACAAAGCUAGUCCUGUUUGGGAGGGGAGGUGGUGUUUGGAAUCAACCUCAGAUAAUUCUGUUUUACAGAGUGCAGCCCUCAGGGUGUGUCUGUCCAA